AUGAACGGGCAGUCCAAGGCAAGGGGCGCGGGUCUUGACGACCUCACCAUCGACAACCUCACCCCCCAUGUCAUCCGCAUGAGCACUGGUAUCGACAAUAUUCGAAUCAACUAUCUCAUCACGAAGCUGAUUCAAUACACCCAUGACUAUGUGCGUGAGGUGCAGUUGCAGACAGAAGAGUGGGAAAAUGUUUGGCAGUAUCUCACAAGGGUUGGUGCAACUUGCACUCCCGAAAGACAGGAGUUUAUUUUGCUCUCCGACAUCCUCGGAAUAUCUGCCUUGGUCGAUGCAAUCAACAGCAACCAGACCCCGGAAGCAACAGAGACCUCGAUUCUAGGGCCUUUCCACAACGACGCCGCCCAUCUCCUCGAGAAUGGGCAGUCCAUCACGUCGAACCAUGGAGCUGGCGAACCAAUGCUGAUUCGAGGCAAGAUCAUGGACACCGCGGCGAAUCCCGUGGAACACGCCCUGGUCGAUAUCUGGGAGACCGACGGCAAUGGGUUCUACGACAUGCAAAACCCAGAGUACGCGGGUCCAGACUGCCGCGGGAAGUUCUAUACCGACCGAAAUGGUGACUUCUUCCUCACGGGUGUCCGACCUGUUGAUUACCCGAUCCCCAGUGACGGCCCGGUCGGCGACCUGCUCGCCUUGCUCAACAGACAUUGCUUCCGUCCGGCUCAUGUGCAUUUUAUGGUCAACCAUCCUUCUUACGAGAAACUGACUACCGCGGUCUACUCGAGGGAGAGUACAUACAUCACAAGUGACUCUGUAUUCGGAGCCAAGACCAGUCUGCUGGUUGACUUCAUCUGGACCGAAGAUCCCUCGCUCGCAAAGCAGUACAACAUAAAGGCGAUUUCGAAAGAGAUUGAUGGCGAGAUGAGAGAGGGUUUCUGGCUGCUCGAACACACUUUUAUACUUGCACCGCGCCGAUCGCGCGAGGGAGCCGAGACUACACAGCCAGCGCAGGCUUGA